AUGCACCCGGAUCAUAGUGACUACCAACUUAAUCUGCAAUCCACCUCGGCGGAUGGCUCCAUUAUCCCCCAUCUUCUGCUUUUUGGGGUGCAAAUGGGAGCACUCAUUGCACCUCCGUUUCCCUACCGCAGGAUCCUCUUAGCCAGUGCCAUAGUCAUUCUCGCCAUUGUGGCCAAUAUUAACCGGUUCACUGACAACCCCGGAUUGGCACAAUUCUUUUCGCUGGCGUGGCCCCAUUAUCUCUCUAUACUGGAGAAGGUGCUCAGUGCUCCUUAUCCCGGGCCCGAAGCAACUCUGUGGCGGAUUGAUCGUCCAGCGAAGGAAGCCCUGCGCUUGACACCCUUUGGUCCUCGCAAACUAAUAUGGGCGUUCGUCAUCUGGUUUAAUCUUCGCGGUAUCCGCUGGAACUACCAGGUUCAGAAUAUCCCUACUGAGCAUGUACCCGGAGAUAGCAAGUGGCGCUUUCUCCUUGAUCGUUUCCUGACCUUUACACGACUCCUUUUGAUGGCCGAUCUCCUUGGUCACCUAGCCGCAUACAACUUCUAUAGUGGAAAUGAAGUUAACAGUCGUCUUCUCACCGUCCGCCACGACCAAUUUCUGUGUCAACUUUAUCGCACAGCUACUGUGGGAAUGAUUCCAUAUACGUUCAUGAAUUUGCAGUACGUGGGUGGCGCUAUGCUUUGGGUUCUAUUAGGAUUCAGUCAACCUGCCGACUGGCCUCCUUUCUUUGGUCGCCUUGCCCAGGUGACAAGUGUCCGCGCCUUCUGGGGCAAGUUUUGGCAUCAGAUGAUCCGUCGUACGGUCAAUAUCUACACUGGAUUCAUGUGCGAUCUGCUUCAUCUACCAACCGGCGGGGUGAUUCGAACAUACGCACGAAUCUGGCUGUCCUUUGCCAUCAGCGGUAUCAUGCAUGCCACUUCCAUCUAUAUCCUCCCGGCUCCAAUGAACAUAUCCUACCGGGAGCGAAGUCUAGGAUUCGUUCAAUUUUUCCUACUGCAGGCGGCUGCUAUCACUGCAGAGGAUUUUGUCGGGUGGAUUCAUCAUCGAUUACUGCCCGCCACGUCCACCUCUCGUUUCGGAUAUCCUGAUGAAGAUGAAGACUUUUGA